AUGACUGAAUUAUCAUUUAGUCAAAUCUCAUUUUUAACUUUCCAAGCUGUUGUUCAAGUUAUAAUUGUAUGUUUUGCAGGGUUUUGGGCUGCAAAAACUGGAUUAUUAAAUAAAAAUGCUCAAAAAGUUGUAUCUACGUUAAAUGUUGAUUUAUUUACUCCAGCUUUGAUUUUUUCAAAAUUGGCAAAAUCUUUAUCAUUUAAAAAAUUGAUUGAAAUUAUUGUAAUACCAAUUUUUUAUGCUUUAUCAACUGGUAUUUCAUUCUUGGUUUCUAAAAUUGUCACAAAAUAUUUAUCUUUAGAUGAAUAUGAAUCUAAUUUUGUUACUGCCAUGAGUGUUUUCGGUAACUCAAAUUCUUUACCAGUUUCAUUAACAGUGGCGUUAGCUUAUACUUUACCAAAUCUUGAAUGGGAAGAUGUGGAAAAUGAUGGCGCUGAUCAAAUUGCUGCUAGAGGUAUUUUAUAUUUAUUAAUUUUCCAACAAAUUGGUCAAGUUUUAAGAUGGUCAUGGGGUUAUAACACUUUAUUGAAAAGAAAUCCAACUCCUUUAACAAGUUAUACUGUUGAUGUGGAAAAUGAAGCUGCAAAUAACAACAAUACAACCAAUUCUGAUAAUGAUUCAACUUCUAAAUAUAAUCAACAAAGAAAUUUGUUUAAUGCAAGUUCAAAUUCUUCACAAAGUGAUCAUUUAUUAAACCCAAAUUAUGAUUAUGAUGAAGAUGAAGAAAAUAAUAGAGCUGGUGAUUUUAACGAUUAUUAUGAAGAACAGUCUUUUUUCAAAAAAUUGAUUCAUAAAAUUGAGCAAGGAUUUGAAAAAUUUAGAUCUGCAAUGAAUCCUCCAUUAUAUGCAAUGGCUGCAUCUGUUUUCGUUGCUUCAAUUCCUCCAAUUCAAGAAGCUUUUUAUGUUAAUAAUGGAUUUGUCCAAAACACAGUAUCAGAAGCUAUUAGACAAUUGGGUUCAGUUUCAAUUCCUUUGAUUUUGAUUGUUUUAGGUUCAAAUUUGUAUCCUUCACAAGAUACUCCACCUGCAUCACCAAAUUAUAAAAAAAUUGUUUUUGGUUCAUUAAUUUCAAGAAUGAUUAUACCCCCAUUAAUCUUGUUGCCAAUUAUUGCAUUCGUUGUUAAAUAUAUUCAAAUUAGUAUAAUUGAUGAUCCAAUUUUCUUGGUUGUUGCAUUUAUUUUAACUAUUUCUCCACCAGCUAUUCAAUUAUCUCAAAUUUGUCAAUUGAAUGAAUUGUUUGAAAAAGAAAUGGCUGGUGUUUUAUUUUGGGGUUAUGUUGUGUUAACUUUACCAACAACUAUUGUUACCGUUUCUGGUGCUUUACGUGUUUUGGAAUGGGCUAUUGAUGAUUAUUGA